GGCUGCUACUCAAGUAGGCGCGUCUGCAAGAAGGCUCUGGGACGACGUGCCGUGCUGUGGACACGCGUGUCAAGACUCCAAAUUCAGCCCAUAAACAACGCUUAAAGAAUUCAUCAUUGUGGGAGGUGUCUUACCAUUGGUGUGAGGAAAGAGUUCUGUUCCAGUUUGGUUGGGCUAAACCACUGGAGAAGCGUUUAGUCGCUAUGAAGCACGUAACGUCACUGCUGUUGCUAGCGCUGUUGCUGCCUGCCCUGCACAGUGUGGAUUCACGCGAGGCUCAUCACUUGGAGAGGGCGAAGAGGCAGACGCCAAACGGUAACAGAGCACAGCUCAUUGACAACAUAUUUCAGAUCCCGAUCCAGACGCUGACGGCGGUCAACAACCUGGUGCGCAACACGCAGCCGCUUAUACAGCGCAGGCGCUCCAGCCGCGGGCAACGACAGGCUCUGGGGCAGCGACCCAGCACGCCGCCGCAGUUCUCCCCGGACGCCACCAGGGGCGCUAGGGUCGCGCAGCUCUACACGGCCGCGGACGGCUCCAGCUUCAAAAUAUGAGCGGGGGAGCAUCGUCCUUCCUGCAACAUCAGCACUCCUCCGUGAUCAUUAUGUCAUUAAUACAUCUCGUCUAUGACUGUCAAAAGUGUUUCUGAAGAUAUGAUGAAGCUCAUUAUUCGUUUGUUCACGUAGAGUCUGUAUGUGCGAGUCUGUGUACGUAACAUUAUUGCAAUAUGUACUGGAUCGUCUCAUUGUGCUGCGCGAGCACCUACGUUAACUUCAAACUUUACUUAUGCGAAAUUUCCGCUCGCUUAAUUAAAAUUUCUGAAUCUUUCAA